CUAGCUUUAAUAAUUCACAUCAAAAUGGCGGGUUUACGAAGCUGGUUGUAAACAGUGUCGUUUUCAUUUUGUGAAUAAUAGCUCCAGAGUCUAGUCUUUCUAGGUCAGCGUUACUAUGACAAGGUUGAGUACAUGUAACAUGUCACACACGUCAAUGAAAGACCAGUAACAUUUCUUAAAGUACUGGGGCUGAUUUACCUGUGACUAGCAAGAAGAGGACAGAGAAGUACCAAACCUCAGAGAUCUACAUGCUGCCUGGGGAGGAACAAAUGGAGUUUGAUGAAGUUGCAGUUUAUUUCUCAGAGGAGGAGUGGGACCGUUUAACUGAAGAACAAAAAGAGCUUUAUAAGGAUGUGAUGAUGGAGAAUUACCAGACCCUCCGGUCUCUAGGAUAUGUUCCUGAGAAACCUUUACUUGUUACAAAGAUUGAGAACCGAGAGGAGCCGUAUGUGGGCAAUUUUCUAAUUACCGAAGGCCGUACUGAUGUGACUCCUUCAGCUGGGUCAGCAGUUGAGCACAGAGGAGAACCGUAUGUGUGUGAUCACGUUAAGACUGAGGAGGAUGAAGUUCCUAUAAAUACAGCUACAGGGCCUCUAGAGGAAAACCCGGGCACUGGGCUAUUAGAUGUGAAGGAAGAGAAUGAGACAGAUGACAUGAAUAGUCAUCAGACUGAAAUACAUUGGUCCCUCCCUGCCGAUAACGCUGCUAUAGUGAAAGUUGAGAUAACAGAUGAUCUGGGUGUGAUGUCUCAGAUAGGAAUCCUGGAUGAGGAAACCAGCGAUAGUAUCAACCUAGGGCGUAUGGAUGUGACGCCUUCAGAUGGCUCAGCGUUUGAGCACAGAGGAGAACCGUAUGUGUGUGAUCAGGUGAAGACUGAGGAGGAUGAAGUUCCUAUAAAUACGGAUACAGGUGAUGUUAAGACUGAAGUCACACUUAAUGCUGAACAAACAAGUGAUCUGUAUGUAACUAGGCAACUGAAAGCUGUGAAGCAGGAAAUCGGUGACAAUAUCAGUACAGACGCAGAUAAUGCUGAUAUAGUGAAAGUUGAGAUAACAGAAGAUCUGUAUGCGCGUGAUCAGGUGAAGACUGAGGAGGAUGAAGUUCCUAUAAACACAGCUACAGGUGGAUUCACAGACAGUAAUUGUGCUAGCCAUGAUCAGAAUGCAGAUACUUCUUACAGUCUUUCUCAAAGAAGCCACAGGAAUUUAUGUUCUAAGUGUGGGAAAUGUUUUACCAAAAAAUCGCAUCUUAUUAGUCAUCAGAAAGUUCAUACAGGAGAGAAAACAUUUUCAGGUUCUAAAUGGGGAAAAUGUUUUACCCAGAAAUCAAAUCUUACUAGUCGUCAGAAAGUCCAUACAGGAGAGAAACCAUUUUCAUGUUCUGAAUGUGAAAAAUGUUUUGCCCAGAAAUGGGAAUUUAUUAGACAUCAGAAAAGUCAUACAGGAGAGAAAGCAUUUUCAUGUUCUGAGUGUGGGAAAUGUUUUAUUCAGAAAUCGCAUCUUACUAGACAUCAGAAGAUUCAUACUGGAGAAAAGGCAUUUUCAUGUUCUGAAUGUGGAAAAUUGUUUACUCUGAAAACGCAUCUUAUUGGACAUCAGAAAAUUCAUAAAGGAGAGAGAGAAUUUUCAUGUUCUGAAUGUGGGAAAUGUUUUUAUAGGAAAUCACAUCUUACAAAACAUCAGGAAAUUCAUACAAGACAGGCAUUUUUAUGUUCUGAAUGUGGAAAAGAGUUUACUCGGAGAUCACAUCUUAUUACACAUCUGAAAUUUCAUACAAGAGAAAAAAACUUUUUAAAGGGACAUAAAACAGUAUGAACUAACUUAAGUUUCUAAAUAUAUAAUGCAGCCAAAGCUUACCUGCAAAACGG